AUGGUGCAAGCAAUAGAACAUCGGGGGCGACGAAGACAACCUCGUUAUUGACGACGGCGUCGACACCUUCCAACACAGGCCAUUUACAGAGAGAGAGAGAGAUGGUGCCGGCGGCUAUUUCAGCUUCGACCUCGGUCACUUCAUGCCCACGCCGACGACAUUCACAACGCAAAAGCCGAUCUCAAUCUCAACCAGUGUCGACAGUGUCGAACCGCGUACCAAAAUCUACGCUUUCUUCUGCAUCGCUCAGCCCUAUCGCCGACCCAGAUGGUCGAACGUGUGAAUGCUUUGAUCUGCAUAACGAGCUGGUCCCGUAUGGGAAGGCGUGGGCAUGGCAAAAAGAACUGGUGAGGCAAAAGAAAGCAUUGAUCGAAAGCGAUGGAGAUUGCCCAGACACGUUGAUCGUGCUCCAGCAUCAACCUGUGUACACUAUGGGCGCUGGUAGUUCGGAGGAGUAUCUCAAUUUCGACAUGGAGAAUGCUCCUUUCGAUGUUCAUCGGACCGAACGCGGCGGGGAGGUGACUUAUCACGGUCCUGGCCAGCUAGUUAUGUAUCCCAUCAUCAAUCUACGGAAUCACAAGAUGGAUCUGCAUUGGUAUCUCAGGUCGCUUGAGGAAGUGGUUCUUCGUGCUCUUCUCUCAGCCUUUUCUAUCAAGGCUUCCCGUCUCGAAGGUUUUACUGGUGUCUGGGUUGGAGAUGAGAAAUUGGCAGCCAUUGGAAUUCGAGUAUCCCAAUGGAUAGCAUAUCAUGGGUUAGCUCUGAAUGUUACUGCAGAUCUGACUCCCUUUCAAUGGAUAAUUCCAUGUGGGCUACGAAAUCGCCGAGUUGGAAGCAUAAAGGGACUUCUCAGAGAAGCUUCUUCGUCUGUAAAUUGCGGAGCUGGCAAUGUAUUUAUUCCUGGCGAAUGCGAUUUAGUUGAUAUUGCUUACGACGCUCUGAUUGAAGCAUUUGCGGAAGUUUUUCAGCUUGAAGUUUGCCGGAAACCACUUAAGGAGGCAUUUUUAAGGGGGAAAUCACUCUGACUUGUAUACUCAACAUCCUUUGAGUUUUCAAGAUUUGUGUAGGAUCUGUUCGUCUGUUGUAGGUAUUGUCCUGGUUUUUCUCACAGUUGUGACAAUUAUAUAAGGCCUCGGCAAUGGCAGCCACGACAAGUGAGAAAAGCGUUCUCAUCGCAACGAUAGGGUAUUGGUUAUCGCGGCUGCUGCGACCAUUGUGUAAUAGGAGAAAUAGGCAAAUUACUCUCUGUAACUUUGGUUAUGGUAAUGACAUCCUUAAUUGCUAGUCACCUGUUA